AUGGUAGGAGAAGAUGGUAAUCUUAGGACCAGUCAGUAUGUGGAUUUGUCCAAGCAAGAACUUCCAGAGAUGCCAGAACAGCUCCAACAGGGUCCUGAAGCGUCCUCCAAUGCGGUAGACAUUUCCGCUGCGACCGUGCCGUCCCAGGCAGAAGCCCUGGAACCUGCAGCGCUCUCUGCUGGCGCUCCUGGUGCACCAGAGAUCAUGGAGUCCAACUCUCCCGAGAGUUCAAGUGUUCCUAUUCCUGAUGUAGUCCCCCAGAUGUCCACCCGAGCUGAACCGUUCCACAGCAGUAGCAGUAGCUCAUCUCAGGUGAAGCCUCAUUAUGGUCCCAUAAGAUUUAGGCAUAGCACUAAGAAACCUGAGGUUCUCUAUAGACCCCCUGAAAUGGUGCAAUCUGACUUUCAAGAAGCCUCCUUGGAACUGUCCCGAGAGAAACGAGCUGCCAGUCGAGAGCCAAGCUCCGAGCCAGCACCCAAGCACGGCAAGUUCUCCGGAUCUGGAGGCACUUUAGACGACAAGAGGGUAGCCAUCGAUAUAGCUGUGAUUCGACAAUGCAUACAGCGAACUCGUUUGCAACCCAGAUGGGUACCGACAGAUCGCAUGGUCGCUGACGGCCUGACCAAGGACAAAGGAGAGCCGCAUGACUUGCUGCGCUCAGUGCUGAGAAAUGGUAAGUAUCAACUAGCUGAUGAACAGUUGGUCUUAGAUCGAAAGAAAGAGGAGCGUCACCGUAGGCAGCAGUUGGGAAAGAGCCGUAAACAACAGCAUGAUGAACAGCAACGUCAGUCCGUUUGCACGUCUGAGAAGAGUGAAGAGGAUGAAAUUGAAGUGGUCAAAAAGAUCCUUGCCCGCAUGGAAGCUCACGGUCAGAGCCUAUCCUCGUUUGUUCAGCCUCCGGCCAUCUCCGGUGGUUCUAUGACAGAUGGCAGCAAGCGUGUGCAUGCCGCCGUGGAGCCCAGUGAGAAUUUGUCGGAGGAGGAAGAUUCUGCCUUUGAUUUGAUCAGCGAGGUGGGUGGUUGUGCCAAGAAAGGGGACAAGUCAGCCCAGAAGCCUAUGGCUCCUCAGAUCUCCUUGCCUCCGAUGGUGAACAGUCUGGAAAAGUGGGGGAAGACUGUGUGCACCCUUCCCAAGGUGAAGGCUGACGAUGUGACCUAUUAUCAGAUUGGCACUUUGCCGAAGUACCGUGACUAUUGCGACUGGGUCUUCAAGCAGGGUGAGAGCAAGGGUGCCAAGUGUGUGGACCUUCGCAACUAUUUGAUUGCCGCUGGUCUGGUGUCAGAGCCCGAAGGGGUUGUCUUUCCUGGCACUACCGAGCUGCGUCGCUUUCGAGAUUGA